AUAUGAUGAUAUCCAUUGCAGCCUUGUCGAGGCGUAUAUCAGGGCUCUGCGUAAGAUAAAGCACAACUAAACAAUUUUUUUUUACAUAAUUUAAAAUUCCUUGAGCAAGUAUUCUACAUGGGUUCAAACUCAAGAGAAGUUUCGCAUUUUAUAUGCACUGUCCCUGAGGACCGGAAAGAAUAUACAUUGGAGAUCAGAAGAAUCGUGAAUAGAUUCUUCGGUGAAGACGCAAAGAUAAUUCAAACAAAAUGUCCUGUUAGUGUAUUUGUCAAAAGAACUUCCAAUCGAUGAUAAAUUUAACAUUUUAUAAUUAGUCCGGAGCCCAGAAGUUUGAAGUUCAACUGCCAGUUCAGGAUGACCCCGAGGCUUUGGAAUUAAGAGUGAAGGUACCUUUUGCAGACAGAAUUAUUUGACAUAAACUGACAGUUAUAGAAACUGCACAAUCUCUGCCGUAUCAAAGUCCAUGCUUUGGGCUGGAAACUUGGCCCUUCGCCAAAGUCAGGCCUACCUGUAAAAGACCGCCCAGAUACUAUUCGUAUAGAAAAUAUACCCAAAGCCUACACAAUCGAACAAGUCCAAGAUAUUGUUGAAAAGGACUUUGGCAGCAAGCCCAGAAUCCAUAGCCUUGCACUAAGUACGGAAGAUUAUCUAUGUGCCACAGUCACAUUUCCAGAUGAAGAGUGUGGGUUUCCGUUGGAGAAGCUGCAAAAAUUAAAACACCUAUCCCAUCCAGAUGCACCGAAGAUAGCGUAUGAUGCAGACUUUUUGCACUUCACAACACUAUACAAUGCCAGUCCUAAAAGUUCGGAAGUUCAUGUAGAGUAUGUGUGUCUUUAAUUGAUCCGACGUCAACUGACCUGAAUUGUAGUAUUGUAGCUGUGGUGGGUCUAGGGACACAUGCAUUCGGGACUUUCCGCUCCAUGGUUCCUGGCAGCUAUAAAAUGUGGUUACGGGAUUUCCUGCCGAAAGACAUUCCGGAGAGUCGAAUUUUGUUAUACGGAUAUCCAUCGCCUGUUUCUGGAGCCAAAUCCGUGGAAAUUAUCGAGGAUAUCGCGCGUGUUUUCUUAGACCGUUUGGCUUUUCUGCGCAAAAAUACCUCGGUAGAUGGCAUCAUUAUUCUGAUGAAGAAGCUAUGUGAUCUUACAGUUGCUAAUACCAGUUGCAGACACUGGAUCGUCCCAUAAUUUUCAUCGGACAAAGUCUGGGGGGACUAAUUGUCCAGCAAGCAAGUUGAAUCUCAAGUAGCGAGAAAUACAUACUAAUCGUAGAACUUUUAGGCUCUCCUCCAAGCCGGAAAUAGUUGUGAUCAAAAUGAACUAGGGAUAUUGAGAUACUGGCACGGGCUUGUAGGCUUCGGUAUUCCAAUUGCUGGUCUGGACAAUCCCUCACUUAUGAAAACCGUCAAGGCACAGCCGAACAAAGAUUUGAUCCGCCAAAUAUGCCUUGACGAGGAUGGUACCCCUUCGCAUUAUCUCAGAAAUCUAAAGAAGCAAUUCGAGGAAUGCUGCAAGGAAAAGGGCAGAUAUACUUAUGCGCCGGAACUGACAUACUUUUGGGAAACGUUUUAUUCGCGGCCCCGACAUGUAAGUUUCGAUUCAACAAAAAAUCUCUGGUUGAGUAGGCUAAGACUAAACAGGGUAACGGCAUUGACCUUCAAGAUCGUGUCAUGGUACCUAGUAUGGGGAUACAAGGUGCCAAGAGCCUAGUAGUUCACGCAGACCAUUCCGGCAUGGUAAAAUAUGAUGAAGAAUCCAACGUAAUUUAUAAAGAUGUUAAGAAUAAAAUUAGAGUAAUGGUCGAUAAUCUGGGAGAGCGAGAACGGGACGUGAGCAAAGCGGGCACGAGCGAGGCAUCUUUAAACAUUUCUUUGUAAAGAUAAAUUUGAGGCGGUAAUAUUUAAGUAUAUGUGAGGAGAAACUAUAAUACACACGGACGAGACGCGAUGCAGGAAUCUCCAAUAUUGAAAGUUAUAGUAGGCAUGGUGUGCAGCAUGAUUUUGAGCCAGAAAAUUGACACAUGAAGCACCAACUGUUAGAUGGUUUGUCACAGUUUUCCGUCGGUCGUGAGAAUUAUGCAUUGUUAGAACUAUUAAUCGACGCCGUACUAUUUGGUAUUGUGGUGCUAU